GUUCAAUUGAGUUCAAUUUGUUCUCAUCAAUCAAAUACUAAACAUGCAGGGUUAUAUAUGUAAUUAAAAUCAUGGUUCUGUUCUAUCUGUUCUGUCCCGUUCCAUUCUGUUAUGUCCUGUUCUGUCCCGUCACCAAACGCUACCUUCAUUUGUAUACAAAUUUAACUAAGUAAGAGCAUCAUUAUCCAAGAAACUCAUUAGAGUUUCUAAUUUAAAUUUUGGUAAUGCCACGUCAUUUAAACCACUUUAAUAAACUCUACUCACUUUUUACUCCAAUUCAGAAAUUCUAAAAAGUUUCUUAAAAUGGAUCCCACAAUAUACCCCACUACUUUCUUGUAAAUCCAGUUACCUAUUUAUUUGCUUUUUUAUUUGUUUUUUAUUUAUUUUUUAAUCAUUAAAUUUAGAAGAGAAACUUUGAGCUAAAGAAACUUUGGAGCAAAGUUGCUUGCCACGUGAAGAAACUUAAUUUUCUGCAAGAGUUAAGAAACUUUACUUCAGAUGACAUGUCACAAAGAAACUCACUGUUGCUGAUGCUCUAAGGAUGGGCCAAACAUACCCAUUUGCUCCUUCUGGCCCAAUUUAGGAACAUAACUGCAAAACUGAAAAAAUUAAAUGUAAGAAAGAAAGAAAGAAACUGGUCUUCUUCUUUGUUCUCACCCAGCUCUAUGCAGAGAUCUGGUGCAUACUCCAAUUCUCUAUUCCCUGCACUUCUCUCUGCAAACUUCAACACUUCACAGUUCACACCCAUUCCUUCAUCCCUGAUCUCAUCACAACAACAACAACAACAAAAGACUCUCAGUAAUCACUUCCCAUAAAUCUCACUGUCUUCUUCAUCCAAAACUCCAUGAUCACAACCAUCGCUAUGCAACGAAAUGCCACAUAACCCACAUCACAAGAAGAGCCUCUCCUCAGUGAAACGACAUGGUCUUUGGCAAAGCCUCAAUCGGCAAGAACAACCUGCGAAUCUCCUCGUCCCUUCAGGAUCUCGCCUCGUACCGCCACCUCGAUCCGGAAGCCACCGACGCUACCACCGCCACCGCCGCUGCCGUCGAUUUGAAGAAACCCCCUUUGCAGAGGGAGAGCCUCGUGUCCAGUUUCUCCAAGACAAAACCAGUUCAACCCGGAAACCCGGUUCGCAGGAAAUGGGCCAGACCCAUCACCCUCGCUCUGUGUCUCUUGCUGUUCGCGUUUCUGAUCUACGCGAUGUUAGCACUGGUUUUUUCCCACCAAGGAUCAGGUAGGUACUAUGUUGUUCUUGAUUGUGGUAGCACUGGUACUCGGGUUUAUGUGUACAAGGUUGAGGUUGAACAUAAGGAGGAUAGUUCUCUUCUUCCGAUAACUGUUACUUCAUUGAGAAGUGGUUUGAAUAAGAAGCGUCGUGGUUCACAAAGUGGGCGUGCCUAUGAUCGCAUGGAAACUGAACCGGGUCUGGACAAGUUGGUGCACAAUGUUUCUGGUUUGAAAGCUGCAUUGAAACCGCUUCUCAAGUGGGCACAGAAGCAGAUACCUGAGGAUUCUCAUAAGAGCACUUCAUUGUUUCUGUAUGCCACUGCUGGUGUUAGGAGGCUUCCUGUUGAUGAUUCUAAAUGGGUGUUGGAUCAUGCUUGGUCAGUGCUGAAGGGUUCUCCUUUUGUGUCUAGGAAGGAUUGGGUGAAGACCAUUACUGGGACUGAAGAAGCUUACUUUGGAUGGAUUGCGCUUAAUUAUCAUAGUGGUAUAUUGGGGGUUAAGCCGAGGAGAGAAACUUAUGGCGCGCUUGAUUUGGGGGGGUCGUCGUUGCAGGUCACGUUUGAGAGUGAUCAGCAGCUGAAUAGUGAGACUAGUUUGUAUGUUAGGAUUGGAUCAGUGAAUCACCAUCUCACUGCGUAUUCUCUUGCUGGGUAUGGCCUCAAUGAGGCUUUUGAUAAAUCAGUGGGGUAUCUUUAUAAGAAGGAGGGUGGUGGUACAAAAAAAAUGGAAGUUAAACACCCUUGCUUGCAAUCUGGGUAUAAGAAUCGAUAUACAUGCUCUCGUUGUUCUUCUGGUGAGAAAGAAGGUGAGAGUCCUAGAGUUAAUAGUGGCAAUGUGUUGGGUGGGAAAGGGCAAUCAAAGACUCCGGUGACGCUUGUUGGUGCUCCUAAUUGGCAAGAAUGCAGUGCACUGGCAAAGGUUGCUGUUAAUUUGUCUGAAUGGUCUGAUUUGAGUCCAGGACUUGAUUGUGAAGUGCAUCCUUGUGCGCUAAGAGAGAAUCUUCCUCGACCGUUAGGCCACUUUUAUGUGAUUUCAGGGUUUUUCGUUGUGUAUAGGUUUUUCAAUCUAACUUCUGGAGCCACACUUGAUGAUGUGUUGGAAAAGGGUAGGGAGUUUUGUGAAAAAAAUUGGGAAGUUGCAAAGAAGAGUGUUGCUCCUCAGCCUUUUAUUGAGCAAUACUGCUUCAGGGCACCUUAUGUUACCUCACUUCUCAGAGAGGGUUUGCACAUUACUGAUGACCAUAUAACUGUUGGCUCUGGAAGUAUCACUUGGACACUUGGGGUAGCCUUGUUGGAAGCUGGGAAGGCAUAUUCUACUAGAUUUGGGCUUGGUGGUUUUGACUUGCUUCAGAUGAAGUUGAAUCCUGUGAUUGUUAUUGCCAUUUUGCUUCUUUCUUCAAUUCUUCUGCUUUGUGCUUUAUCAUGUGUUGUCAAGUGGGUGCCAAGAUUUUUCCGGAGGCAGUAUCUUCCCCUUUUCAGGCAUAACAGUGCGUCCACUGCAUCAGUUCUUAAUAUUCCUUCUCCUUUCCGGUUCCAGCGGUGGAGUCCAAUCAUUUCUGGAGAGGGAAGAAUAAAGACACCACUCAGCCCUACAAUUGCAGGUUCACAAGAUAGACCAUUUAGUCUGGGGCAUGGUCUCGGUGACAAUAGUGGCGGCAUCCAGCUGAUGGAAUCUUCCUUUUACCCAUCAGCUAGUAGUGUCUCGCAUAGUUAUUCAUCAAGUAAUUUAGGGCAGAUGCAGUUGGAAAGCAGUAACAUAGGGACCUUCUGGUCACCCCACAGAAGUCAGAUGCGUCUGCAGAGUCGGAGAUCACAAUCUCGCGAAGACCUGAAUUCCUCACUGUCAGAGGCACACAUGGGGAAGGUUUAGGGCAUCAUCUUCUGGAAAUUUUGAUUUCCCACAUUUCUCCUAUGUUUGUAAUUUUGGACUGCACUUGUUCAUGAGCAAAGGGUAAAGGGCCACCUGGUGCUAUCUGGGCAUCGCCUGAACAUCUUGUCCUUGUACUUUCUUCAGUAAAGGGUAUCUACUAUGUGCUAUUUUUCUCUAAAUCUUCACUGCAAAUUGUAAAGGGUUUAUGCAUGUACUAGCAUUUCAGUUCUUGCCAUGGAGAUGACAGUUGGAGGGGGCUAAACGAGGGCUGGCGAGAUUGUUUAAUUCCGGACUAAUUUGCUUCUCGUGGAUCUCACUUCCAAAUUGACUUCCUCUUUAAGCUGCCUGGCACGAAAAAGCACUCUUGUUCCAUCAAAGGCUCCAUGUUCUGCCUGUGAAGAAUCAAAGUCUGCCAAGUACCAGAAACUCAUCAAACUGCUAAAGAUCAAUUUAAUUUGGACUCUGCUUUGGUUCCAUUUUUUAGACUAAUAAACCACCAUUACUACAUAGAAUAUCCCUUGUUUGAUAGGUGACUUGUGAGCGGGAAAACAACACUUGGAAAAGAUGAACCAUUGAGAAAAUUUGUAACAAUACAUAGUACAAUGCUGACAUCCUAUACCUUGAAUAAGCUAUUGAAAUUAGUUGCAACUUGCAACUUUCCAUCUGAAGAAA